CUUUGAAUGGGCUUUAGAAGAUAACCUCUCUCUCUCUCUCUCUCUCUCUCUCUCUCUCUCUCAGAUUCGCUGCUUUGCUCUUCCUGAUCUCGUUUCUAACUAUUUGCAAUGGGUUCGUCUGAGAAGAGAUCAAAGGAUGCCAUGAGUGAUAUUCCAACCUUCAGUGGAGAGAAUCUGCAGAAGAAUUUGAAAGUCAUACAGAACAGCCGGACGUUUCUGUCUAUCAUCGCUGGAGUCCUUGCGGGGAUUAGUGGAUUCACGGGGUUGACUGGUUUUGUGUUUUACUUUGUGGUGAUGUUGAUCACAUCUGUUGGACUCAUUGCUAAGGCAGGAUUCUCCGCAGACUUGUACUUUGAUUCGUGGAAUCGUGUUCUUUUUGACGGCUUUCUUGGUGGCCUUAUGUCUUUUGUGCUGUUCUGGACGUAUCCUUUUGGAUCUCGAUCUCUCGUGGUUACACUUGUUUUAUGAAAAUGUGAAAACGUAGAUCAUUGGUUUGAUUAGCUUUAUGAUAGAACAUCUGAAUGGUAUAGUGUAGGUAAAAUCUUGUGGUCAGACUCUCAAUGGCCUUUUGGUUUAGUAAGCGUUUAGAGAAAAAGGUAAGGCUAAUAUGCACAUUAGAAAACAGCUCUAUAUUGUCUCUGUUUCUCUCAGUAUUAUGUUCCCUUAACGAUGGAGUAGAUUUGCUUAUGACUUGGUGCACAUAUUCUAAAGGAAUCUUCAGCUGCAAAUGAAGAUGGUGAAACAACAGACAAGACGAAGUGAUUUAACUUCUUAGACGAUGUUUCUCUGCCUCCCUUUUUGAACAACAGAUUAUGAAUCUAUUACUUUCCCCUUUGUUUCAAAUUUUACUUGAGAUCACAUUAAUUGUGAAACCUUUGGAUUGAGUAGUUGAAGUUUUUAAAUUUCCCUUU